AUGAAGCUAUCAACUUUCGGACUAAGCGGGCUGAUCGGCAAUGCGCGAUUGCCUAUUUUACGGGCUGGCAUCGGCCGUCCGUCACUGCUCCUCCAGGUAAGAUCACUGCACAAUGGAAAAACAUCAUUCGAGAGGCAAUUGGCAGCAAUGCUCCAAAACCGCACCAUAAUGCGGCAAGUUAGAUGGCAGCAUUCUAAUGCCAGCAAGCCCUCUACAACUUUAACUUCUGAGGAACAGAAUUCGUCAAGUUGGAAAGACAUCAAACGACUUUUCCAAUUGGCGCGGCCUGAAUCUAAGUCUAUGUUCUUCGCGCUUGUGCUUAUUAUUCUAUCCAGUUCUGUGAGCAUGCUAGUGCCUGGCGUGAUUGGCAAAUUAAUGGAUGUAGCAAAAGAAGAUGGGACCAGCAGCAGCGAAGCUGAUGGGAAACGCGGAGACGCCACAGAUAAAACAGACGGCUCGACUGCCGCGGAUACAGACUCGGAAAAGCUCAUUCUUGGUCUCACACUUCCACAAUUUUACGGAGGCCUUUUUUCCCUGUUUGUGGUCGGCGCGGCCGCCAACAUGGGCAGAAUUGUAAUACUGAAGGUCACAGGUGAAAAGCUGGUCGCACGUCUGCGAACCCGGACACUCAAGGCAGCGUUGCAACAAGAUGCAUCUUUUUUAGAUAAUAAUAAGGUUGGGGAUCUGAUUUCAAGGCUAUCUUCAGAUGCCAGUAUCGUGUCAAAAUCGUUGACUCAGAACAUGUCUGAUGGCACGCGUUCACUCAUCCAGGGCUUCGUGGGAUUUGGGAUGAUGAGCUACAUAUCGUGGAAGCUUACCUGUGUGAUGAUGCUCCUGGCGCCUCCGCUAGCCGUAAUGGCCUUGGUUUAUGGUAGAAAGAUUCGAAACCUCUCGCGUACGCUCCAGGCUUCGGUUGGUGGACUGACAAAGGCCGCUGAAGAACAGCUUUCUGCCACUAGGACUAUACAGGCUUACGGUGGAGAAAAGCAGGCGAUACGCCACUACGCUAAAGAAGUGCGCCAAGUUUACCAAGUUGGAUUGAAGGAGGCGCUCACGUCCGGCGGCUUUUUUGGGCUCACGGGCCUUGUAGGUAACAGCGCUGUUUUGGCACUGCUUCUGACGGGUACUUCUAUGAUUAGCACCGGGGCAAUGACCGUGGGCGACCUCUCAAGCUUCAUGAUCUACGCCGUGUACACAGGAAGCUCGCUCUUUGGGAUGUCGUCUUUCUACUCCGAGCUUAUGAAGGGAGCAGGCGCUGCCGCAAGAGUGUUCGAGCUGAACGACCGCAAGCCGGCUAUUCACCCGACAAAGGGCAGAGACCCUGUUUCUCUUGCUAGAAAGCCCGUGGAGUUUAAAAAGGUGCACUUCGCAUAUCCAACUCGUCGCCAGCACGUGAUCUUCGAAGACCUAAGCUUGCGUAUCGAUCCUGGAGAGCACGUGUGCAUCGUGGGACCAUCUGGUGGAGGGAAGUCCACAGUUGCGUCGCUACUCUUGCGCUUUUACGACGUCGAUGCAGGGGCCAUCUUGAUCGGUGGUCAAAAUAUUGCUGACUUUAACCUGCGCAAGUAUCGUCGCUUGGUUGGCAUUGUCCAACAAGAGCCCAUGUUGUUUAAUGGCACUAUUUUGGAAAAUAUCCUGUACACCGUUCCGCAGCGACUACUAAACGAGGAAGAUGGCCGCGUUGCUAGGGCAAUCGGCCAAGCAAAUUGUUCUGCGUUCCUCUCAAGUUUCCCAGACGGCCUGCAAACGAUGGUGGGACCCCGUGGUACUCAGCUCUCGGGCGGUCAGAAACAGCGCAUCGCACUCGCUCGCGCCUUUUUACUUGACCCCGAUCUCCUCAUUCUUGAUGAAGCGACGAGUGCACUUGACUCCCGCAGCGAAGAAGUCAUCGCCCGUACACUUCACUCCCGUACUACACGCGGAAAAACGACUAUUUCCAUUGCCCACCGUGUGAGCACCAUACAGCAUAGUACGCGAGUCAUCGUCCUGGGGAGAAACGGCGGUGUUGUUGAGACCGGGACCUUCGAUGAGCUCGCUUCGAACACCGACUCACAGCUUAACAAGCUUUUGCGUAAGGAAGAAGAACCCGUACAGCCGGGAGAGAUUACUAACGCUCCCCAUCGGCCUGAGGGCUCCGAUCAGCGGCCCGAAGGUCCUUCGGAUGGUGCGGCUACGUUCGAACUCGCGCCCGUUACUAAGGCGUGA